UGAAGCAAAUUAAAAAAUGUGAUUUAUGUUUAGAAAAAAACAGAAGUGUUGCUGUAUUUGUGAAAACUGUUGCAUGGCACCGACAUUGCACUGCAUUGCUAGCGAGCACUCUGGUCUAUAAAUAGGCGGCUAUUUUGAUGCAAAAGCACAGCAGUAGAACCCCAAGUGUUGGGGGCAGGAAUUAAUGCAAGGGGCCGAUAGUCUCACAACGCUUUGGACAUGUUGCCGUUAGUGUAGCUUUCCUCUAUUAAAGGUUGUGCUGGUUGCACACUUGCAUGGAAAUAAUCCCUAGGAAAUUGUCCCAAAACAUUUUUGUUGCCUGAGACGAGUGUUUAAAAUCCAACACUGGAAAGUGAUGUCGUUUACAUCCAAACUUCCUGCAUCCUGGAAAGACAGACCUCCUCCAAGGAAGGUAGAAAUUGACUUGAGUUCUCCUGGUUUAGCAGUGUUUGAAUUGGAAAGACUCUUGUUGACUGGCAAAGCCAUCAUCAGUCACGCAGAUGAAGUGUGGCCAAGGCUCUACAUUGGUGAUCAACACAGUGCAGAGAACUGGAACGGUUUAGCCAGGCAUGGAAUCACUCAUAUCCUUAACGCAGCUCACAGUAAACGUCGAAGAUGUCCUGACAUCUACCAAGGAUUGAAGAUCACCUACAUGGGUGUAGAGGCAAAUGACUCCUACGAUUUUGACAUCAGCGUCAACUUCCAGGCAGCUGCAGACUUUAUUCACGCAGCUCUUCGCAGAGGAGGUCAUGUUCUGGUGCAUUGUCAUGUAGGAGUGAGCCGUUCUGCCACCCUGGUCUUGGCAUACUUGAUGCUGAAGCAGCGGCUCACCCUGGUGGAGGCUAUUUGUGCUGUGAAAGAAAACAGGGAGAUCAUUCCGAACCGAGGUUUCCUCCGACAACUUAUCCGUCUGGAUAGGCAACUUUUUGGCACGCAUAAUUGAAGCCAGCCAUUGGGGUGCAGCUGGGGAUUUUGGUCCUUCUGAUGAAAAAAAAACAUCACAAACAUCCUUUUGGCUUAACUUCAAUGAUGCAAAUUGAAAAAUACUAUUUUCUAUGCUCACUGACAGUCCUGGGCCCCUAGAAUCAUUUCAUUCGUCAUCACAUUUCACCCCCCUCUGUCAACCCUGUGAUUAUAUUCAUGUUCAUGAUUACACAGUGUGUGUCUUCUUUUUUAUCUCUAUUUUUGUUGUUUGAAUAAACUCAGUGUGAAAAUGUUUUGACAUGCAUGCAUGUGAAAUUCAGGUGCAUUUUGCAAGGGUAAUUUUCUUCAGCUUUGCACACGGUAGAGGAAGACGACUACCUGGUCGAGAGUUACUGAAACAUAGUUUGCAGGGUUUUUGUACACAUUCUUUAUCUGCACUGUGCAAACUCGGGUGUUGUCACAGUGGGGCAGCAAACAUUACUGGGACCACAGAGAGAGCACACAGAAGAGUACAGUACACUAAACCAAAGUUCAGUUGCUCUGCCUCAUAGGUGGGAUGAAAAUUAGGAUAAUACACUGGUGAGACAAUUUAAUAUGGAAUCAAAAUAAAAGUAACGCAAGAAACAUUUUGCUCAGUAUGGGGAUGACUUACGGAAAUUAAUCUUUGCCUGAAUGUGUAAAUAGUGAGAUGUCAAGUUUCCGAGCCCAAAAUCUAUCAGGGGUGCCUAUUACGUCGAUCGCG